AUGGUCUUGACGAGUCUUAUUCUUUUUCUCCUUCAAAUCCCGAAGCCACAGCGACGAUCUGAAAACAAUGGUAGUGCUUCUCCGCACAAUGGUAGUACUAAGCACAUCUUCUCUAAACAACACAUCUUCUCGAUGGUGUUGCUUCUCUGCGCAGAACAUCUUCGCACGAGUAGCCGCUGGGUACACCACCUUCCCAAGAGGUCGUGCACCACUAGAACAACUGAUUCGGUGCUCUUCGCGCAAGGUGCCACUGGGCACACCACCUUCCAACGCAGCUACUGCAAGAGGAGCACUGCUGCAAGAUUUGAUGCAUCGCGCGGCGUCAUUGGAGCCAGUCUACAUAAAGCCAGUGGUCAGGAAUUUCAGAAACACUUCUCAAUAUUCAGGUCUACUAUAUGCUACAAAGAGAAGUGUGUAUCUGUGUGUGUGUUACCUGUUAUGGAUUCACCAACUAUAAUCAAAACCCUAAAGUACAAUCCCCCCCAGAAGCCUAUGUUUAGUGCUGUAGAUACUUCUCUUCAUUACAGAUCUUUUGUUCAAGAAAAUAUUUUUACAAAUGCAUCUUUUUCUUCCUACCCUAAACCUAAACAGAAUUCCCCAGAAAAUGACACUGAGAUAAGCAUUUUUGAUGCCCAAAAAUACUUCAGUGAAAGCAAUGAUCCAAAAGACAGUAAAAGACUGUCUAUAACAAAUCAGAAAGAUGCGUCAGAGCCAUCGGAUGCAGUGCCAGUUCCAAGAUUGUCAUCAGCUUCUUCAGUUGAUGGAUGUGGAAGGAAUUUUCGCACACGAUCAUUCCAAGCUACGCCUACAGCCUCGUCUGAGGCCAGUUGGAACAGCCAGACGGGGCUUUUGGAGACUCCCCAAGGUUCUAUUUCAGUUAAGUUGAGGAAUUUUCCACCUGAUCAUAGCCAGAAAAGAAGUUCUAAUGCCAAGAAAUGGAUUUUUGGAAGAAAAUGUUGCUGUAGUGGGAAAAAAUGUGUACAAGUUAAAGAAGAAAGAUCCGACUCGGAUCGUGUUACGUAUGCAAAUAAUGAGAGCCACAAGUCCAGAGAGAGUAUAGCAGGAAACGCACGAAAUAUGUCACUCAAAAAUUCAGUUCCAAAUGAAAUGAGGGAACCAAGGAUAUCAUCAGAGAAUCAUUUUGCAUCUACCGCGGCUUUUCCACAACGCAUAUUAGCACCAGUAAGGCAGCUUGGUGAUGGCACGGGGGGCUUUUCUUUCCCCAUUUUGAGCCCUUCAUGCCCGGCUACUAAGUCUAUUUUUAAAGGAAUAAGUUCCAAACCAAUUAGUCCAUUAGAAGAUCCACCUCGUGACUCAUUGGAAGUUUUCCAACCAACGAGGAAAUCGAUUUCAAGAACUCCGAUGGAUCCUCAACGAGGUCCGCUUGGAGGUUUUACAAUGCCGGGAAGCCCCAUAUCUGGAGUUGCAGCCACUGACGACACAGACGACGAUGUGGGAAGUGAUGCAAGUUCAGACUUAUUUGAACUUGAAAGCUUUUCUACUCAGACAACAUCGUAUCCAAUGUAUCGUAGGAGGGAUUCACUUGAUGACAAUCCUACUUUCAAUGCAAGAAGAUUUGCAUCUUCUAAUGGCAGUGAAAGUACUUUUUACGGCCGGAGAAGUCUGGAUGAGCCUCAGACUCCAAGCAUUGCAGCAACAGAGUGUUACGCACCAAGUGAAGUCAGUGUCGACUGGAGUGUCACCACCGCUGAGGGCUUUGACAGGGCAAGUUUAACCAACUUCUCCAUCUCUGCCUCAGAAAUUGGAAAUGUAGCAUUUUUAAGGCAAAGAUUGGCGGAGAAAAAUGGUGAAGCCGCCUGCAGCAAUGGCGCUGGUUGCAAUGAAGCCAGCAAGAGGAAAGGGAACGGGUUGUUGAGCUGUCGACAUGAGAAGGCAGUGAGCGUAGGGCCGCUGCCCUUAAAAUUCCUGCCAGAGGGCCCACCGUUGCCAUUGAUUUCCACAACAGGCCACAUGAAUGGCAGGCCACGUAAAGCAAAUAAGCCACCACUUGCAAGUUCUUACUCUACUGGCGUGUCACUUGCUUUUGCUGCAUGA